UUUUGUUAAAAAGAAAAAUAUAAUAUAUAAAAUGUCAAAUAAAAGUUUGUUAAAAUUUUCGUGCUCAUUAAUAAUUUUACUUGUUAUCUUGGAUCAAAGCAUUGCUGCAAACCGUCUUUGUGGAAAUGCGUUAACACAAGCUUUGGAUUCAAUUUGCGUAAACGGAUUCAAUCGCAAAGAAAUCAAGAGAUCAAUGGACUUGGACGAUUAUGCAUACAAUGAAGCUGAAGAUGAUUUGCCAUAUCCUUAUGCCAGCUCGCCUUUUCUUUCCAAGGUGCAUGGCGGUAACGCUAAUUUAAUGUCCAAAUCUCGAAGGCGUCGUCAUGGCGUUUAUUAUGAAUGUUGUCUCAAAGCCUGCACAUAUUCUGAGCUCACCUCCUACUGUCUUUAAAUUAUAAAUGAAAUUUUCGCAAGCUAUCUAAUAUAAACUAAAGAUAUUCAUAUUGUUUAUUUAGUGAAUAAGAUUGUUAAAUUUUCUUUGCCUCAUUUUUGAUAUGCCCGACAAGAUCAGUUACUAUUUUUUUUUUUU